GGCUCAUGGUUAUCAACUCAAAGCACAAAUACUUUUCCAUUUACCUAAAAUGAAGGCAAGAUACACGUCACGUUAAAUACGUGUCUACAUCUUAUUGGUUAUUGCUUGACCGCCUUACAUCUCUCAUGACCUAGUCGGCUUCAUCCCUCUUUAUAAAUAAAAACUUAGAGACCUCGAUCUCCUUCACAAAUCAGGUCUCGAAUUCGAUAAUCAAAAACAAUCCUCUCUCAAUCGCAAGUUUCAAUCAAAAUGCAGAUCUUUGUGAAAACCCUCACCGGAAAGACCAUCACCCUUGAGGUGGAAAGCUCUGACACCAUCGACAACGUUAAAGCCAAGAUUCAGGACAAGGAAGGCAUUCCUCCUGAUCAGCAGAGGCUCAUCUUCGCCGGAAAGCAGUUGGAAGACGGCAGGACCUUGGCUGAUUACAAUAUCCAGAAGGAGUCUACGCUUCACCUGGUCUUGCGUCUACGUGGAGGCAUGCAGAUCUUCGUCAAGACUUUGACCGGAAAGACUAUCACUUUGGAGGUGGAGAGCUCUGACACUAUUGAUAACGUCAAGGCCAAGAUCCAGGAUAAGGAGGGAAUCCCACCGGACCAGCAGAGGCUCAUCUUUGCCGGCAAGCAGCUGGAGGAUGGAAGGACUCUUGCUGACUACAACAUCCAGAAGGAGUCUACUCUUCAUCUCGUCCUCAGGCUCCGUGGUGGCAUGCAAAUUUUUGUCAAGACUUUGACGGGGAAGACGAUUACUUUGGAGGUGGAGAGCUCUGACACUAUUGAUAAUGUCAAGGCCAAGAUUCAGGAUAAGGAGGGAAUCCCACCGGACCAGCAGAGGUUGAUAUUUGCCGGCAAGCAGUUGGAGGAUGGAAGGACUCUAGCUGACUACAACAUUCAGAAAGAGUCGACUCUCCACUUGGUCUUGCGUCUACGUGGAGGUAUGCAGAUAUUUGUGAAGACCCUUACCGGCAAGACCAUCACAUUGGAGGUUGAGAGUUCGGACACUAUUGAUAACGUGAAGGCCAAGAUCCAAGACAAGGAAGGCAUCCCUCCAGACCAGCAGCGUCUCAUCUUCGCUGGCAAACAGCUUGAGGAUGGUCGUACUUUGGCGGACUACAACAUCCAGAAGGAGUCUACUCUCCACUUGGUGCUAAGGCUUCGUGGUGGCAUGCAGAUUUUCGUUAAGACAUUGACCGGCAAGACGAUCACGCUUGAGGUGGAGAGCUCCGACACUAUUGACAACGUGAAGGCCAAGAUCCAAGACAAGGAAGGCAUCCCUCCGGACCAGCAGCGUCUCAUCUUCGCUGGAAAGCAGCUCGAGGAUGGUCGCACCUUAGCCGACUACAACAUCCAGAAGGAGUCCACGCUUCACUUGGUCCUCCGUCUCCGUGGUGGCUUCUGAAACUCUUGUCAGUGUCUGCUUUUCUUUUAAAAAACUUCUUAUGGUUGUGUUUUGGGGUCUUUGUAAAGCCCCGUGAUCAAUAAUUGAUGAACGCGCUCUGCGUCCUUGUUUCUCCUUUGUUAUAUCGAACUUCUUUUGUGGAAUAUAAUAGUCGUUGCUCUUUAUCCU